AUGGUGAUUCUGAAGACAAGAGUUGGAGCUCCUUCAGCCCCAGAGAUGUUCCACAGAGUGCUUCGUCUAAACCCAGUUUCAUCACCUUACCUAUUUUUCAACUUUGCCUUUUCUUCUCAAGAAUCUAUUGAACUGAAAAUGUAUCUCUGCUCACAGACUGCUGCUUGCCUUUGACUCUUCAGGGGGUGGAGCAAAUGAUUUCCUUCCUGGACGGGGAGGUCUAUGGUCAGUGUAUAAGCGUUGCUGUAGCAACCCCGCAGCUGUGCUCUGCCUAACACAAACUCCGCAGGAUAUCAUAGAUUUUGCUCACUUAAGUGAAAAACAGGUUGGUUUAUCUUUUAUUUAAUCAGAAAUUGAAAAAAAAAGAAAUUAGAAUUUUGUAGCCAAGUUAGGUCUCAACUUUGAUGAAACUAGAAAGUUUGAAUGUUUGAAGCAGCAGAUAUUGUGACUAUUCUAAUCCAGAAAUAGGAGUUGGAAUCUUUAAUUAACUGUACUUGUGUGGGUCAUUGGCAGCCUGGCCGUUUUUAUUCGGCUAUAGCUAAAAAUAGGAGGAUUGGAGGGAAAUGCUCAGUUUUCAGCAGUAUAGGAUGAAAGGAGGAGAUACUUAAUAUAGAAUGCUAUCUGGGAUGGUGUACUUGAAAAUUAUUUUUGAGUUUUUUGUAUAGCUGUCUUUAAAAAUAAAAUUUUAACUGUAAAGUAGUAUUCUUAAUCCACGAUAAGACAUCAAAAGUUCAAUUAAAAUUUGACUUGUAAUGUGAGACAUUAAACUAAGGGGAAAAUUGGUUGCUCAUGUGCAAUGGGAUGAAUACUCGCUGUGGCCAAAAAUGCACCAGCUGCCAUUGUUGGUGUAGAGUAAAUAGUGAAACUCCUAAUGGAGUUUCCUGGAACUCUAUUCAGCUGUAACUAAAGCUGUACCUACUGAGAACAUUUAAUUGUAUGUGAAGUUUAGAUAAGUAUAAGCUGACUCCCAGAUGUACAAGACAAACCUAUCUCAGGCAUAAUAGCAUCUGUGAGAUUAAAAAAACUCUUUAUGGGUGCCAUGGCACCUUUUAAUUAAAGUGAAAUGAGGGUAAAUGAAAAUAAUAUUGACUGUCACUGAUGUGAAAAUAAAUUCACUUCUUGGUAAUUAAAUAGACCUUGCCAACGUCUCAAUGUCUCAGACUUUUUUCUCAUAACCUAUAUACUUAUUUUCAUGUAACUUUCCUCCUUUAAUUCCUUUUUUUUUGUAUUUUGUUAUGUAAGGAGAAUUAGACAUAACAAAAUUGUAAACUUAAAGUUUUAAAAUAUUGUCUAGGCCAGAGUUUUUUUUUUUUAAUUGCUUAUUUAAUUGUUUAUUUAUAGAUUGUUUAUUUAAAGAAUCAGGUGGAUUUUUUUUGCCAGUGGGUUUUUUGGGAGUGUUCUCCUUAUCAGUAUGGUGUCACUGAAUUCUUAUUUGUUGCAAGAGCCUACUAGAUACCAUAGGCAGUCAUCAGAACUAUAAAUUAGUACACCCCACUGAAGAAAUUUAUUUUUUAUUGUAUAUGCAUGGUUCAUUGUAUACCUAUGUGUUUAAUAGUUUUAGCAGAAAAUAGUAGAGAAGCAAAAUGAUCUCUUGUUACUUUAUGCUCUGAGGCAGUUUUGUGACAAUAUAAGACUUGUAAAUGACCAGUUCAACAGUCUGUAAUGUUGGGAGACUGGAUCCAGGUUAGAGGAAGAAUGUUGGGCAUUAUGAAUUUUCUAUCCAAGGAAGAUAACUUCUUUGAAUGGUAUAAUCAGCUUUCUAGAAUAAUCUUGUAAAAUGAGGAUGAAGGUAUCCACCAUAUUCUCUGCCUAGAUUUCACAUAUGUAGCUUUCCUUCAUUCUCCAGGUCUCAAUUUACUGCUGCUUCUAAGAAGCCCUCUUUAUUUAAGCCUCCCCUUCACACCUCUGCCUUCUCCCAAAUCUGGCAUAGCUGCCUUUUCUAGGUAUUCCUCUUAUCUUUGCACGUAGCAUACUUUCUUGUUAUCUUUUGUUUGUCUUCCCAUAGACUGAAACCUCCCUGAAGUUAAGAUCCUUUCUUGCUCACCUCUGUAGCCCAGCACCUAACACAAUACUUGGCCUGGAUCAGAAAAAUAGUGGAUGGAAACCAUGGAUGAAAUUUAUAAGAUCGCUUGCACAGAAAGGAUCCAGCUAUUGGAAAAAGAACUGACUGUGCAAUUGACUGAAAUGAAGUCCGAGAUAGAAGAACAGGGGACUCUUCAGAGGUCAGCUCAUCCAGCUUACAGCUCUAUUCGAAUACCAAAGGACAUUUCUUACUUUAGAAGAGAAAGGGAACUGGCUCUAAAGAAAACUUUGCAGGUGGCUGAGUCAAAACCUCUUGUUAUUCAAGCAGAUGUCAUGCAGAGGGAGCUAGAGAGCUGCCUAAGAAGAGAGUACACUCCUGAAAACUUACCUUUGCUUCUGUUGCAGUAUUUUACAGAGAGAAUUACCCAGCUGGCCCAGAGUAAAUAUUUACACAUGCUUAGGUGGAAGAGGUUUUGUCAGCACAGUAAGAUCAUGGAGCAGCUUUAUCCUCUUUACAAGAAACAAGUUGCCUACAUUAUGCAAGAAUACAAUGAUGCCCUUCAGAGAGCGGAUAGAUUGUCUGUUGCACGAGAAAACUUCCUUAUGGGAAAAAAGAAUCCUCCUAACUUAGUGACACAGGAAGACCUGACUAUUUACACAAAUUGGUUAGUGUGUCACCUACACUCACUCGAGACUAUUCACCACUACCUGCAGGCCCUCCAGUAUUUGCCCAUCUCCAAAGUGCUGAGUGUAGCUGUCAACAAAGCCCCUGAGGUUGUUCAAGAAAAUGAAAAGGUCCCUGUUGAUGACGCUGACCCUGACAUCCAUGGUUCUGCAUCUCUAGGCUCUGUGAAUACCAGCAUUUCAGGGCCAGCAAGAACAGAAGCUGCUUUUGUCCUGCCCCAGCACAUAACAGAAACAGAAGAACUGAAACCUCAGCUGAGGCUCCUGCUCUCCCAUUUCAACAUCCCCUACGACGUAGAAGAGCUAGGAGAUGCUGCUAAGGAAAUAGAACUUCUUUUCUUGGUUUCCCAAAAAUUUCAAAGCAUCUUCAAGGAGCAGCAGAGAAUGCAAACGUUUCCAGACUAUGAUGCUGGGAUAGCGAAGGCGGAGAAUUUGGGUUUGGCAGGACCUGUCAUGGCCUUGAAAAAGAGAGCCAACUGGAUUUCCUUUAUAAAGAUUAAGCCAAAAUGUGAUCCUUGGCAAAAGAAACUUUUGACCAAACUGAAAGAACGGAGAAGAAUAGAUGUAUUAAUGCAACUCCAAGCAAAAAUUUUGAAGAUUGCCAACCCUGAGCGAGUAAUGCAAGUGCUCCAAGAUCAUGCUGCAAAGACAGUCUCACUGGCUUCAUCUCGUGCAACAUUUGUGGCUUCCCAGGGUUUGCAUCAGGGCAACUACGACCAAAUCUGGGAGAGCAUUUAUAGCAACAUCAACCUCUACCAGAAUGAAAAUAUGAAGGAAGAUGACCCUUCAGUGGAAGGAAAUGAAAAUGACCCGGCACAAAUAAAUCUUAGCCACUGUGCUGAUGAGCCUGUCAAACAGAAGAGAGAGACAGGGUACAGCUGCGCAGUGGCGCUACAACUGCUGGGCUUGGACGACCGGCCUGGGCCCGGUGGCGGGGACCCUGUCCUGGCGAGAGGGACCUACUUGUCCUUUCUGUAUCUGCGCCACCUGCGGAUCAGGGAGCUGCAGCGCAUCUGCUUAGGAAUUCUGAACUAUUUCAGAUCCAUUGAGCGAACACUGACAAUCAACACUUCAGGCCUUACCUUGGUUGCAGGGAGCCAGGUCCCCACCACAGAAGAUAGUUCCUGGGUAAAUACGGUGAAAGGAGGCAUGGGUACCUCACAAGGCCUAGGCGCUCACCACUAUGUCCAUGGGACAUCUGCCGAGCACAAGGCUCAGAGUGUCCAGUUCAUGGAGUUUUCAGAAGUAGAGAACCAGGAUGACUACUACUGCAUGGUUGCUGGCUGCAUUCACACCCAGGACCAGCAAGGAGUGUAUGUCGUGUAUGAUGAAGCCCUGAGUGAUCUGAAGGAACUAGAGACAGAGCUGCUGCUGCUGGCCAGCCAUUACAUUGAGAAAGAAAAAGGCCACAAAGUGGGCAUCAACUCCAAUACUGGCCAUGACUGUGGAUGGGCCCAUGCAGGUGUGGACAGAUGUGCUGUGCUGUACGACAUGUGGACUUGGGAAGCAACUCUUCUAGAAAACAAGCGCCAGCUUCUUGACAGUUACUUUGAGGCCUACCAGCAUGCGUUGGACCCAGAGGAGAGGUUUGCCUUAGCACAAGUGAUCACUGACAUCAUGCACAGGUGCGCAAGGUUUGAUCUCAGCCAGCCUUACUUCAUUAAGGCCUACCGAGAUGAAUGCGCCUGCCUGAGGCUUCACCUGCAGCUAGUGAGGGGCCUUCUCAACCAGCAUAUAGAGUGUCAGCGGGAGUAUGUCCGGAGACUUUGGCAAGACAGCCAUCCAGAUGAUAGCACUACAUUUGGACUUCCUCUCAACAUAAUUUGCAAACAACUCAUUUCCAUCAACAAUAGCUGCCCAGCUUUGAAAAACAUUUAUCUGCUGGAGUUCCACCCUUCCCUGGGCCUAGCUUCCUGCAUCUCCAGAGCCCUUGAGCACCUCCUCAGGGAGGCCCGCCACACCUGCAGGCCCAUGUCGGCCAGCGCCCUCAUUUCGCUGGAGAGGCACGUGCUGCAGCUGGCCCUGGAUGUGUGGCUCACCCCGGCCAAGCCUGAGUCCUGGUAUAGUGCACAGCUCCAGAAAGAUCUGUUUUCAGCUAAAGUGAUGGGAGACCCCUUUCUUGUGGGAGAGAUAGGCCUGCUUGCACUCAAGUCUGCAGCAGAUGAAGGACAGAACCAAGGCCAAGAUUUUCAUAUGCUGCUCCUGGAGACAUUUUCCAAACUUUUGGAACUCUUGACCCUCCGCCAUCGGCUGGUAGAAAUGAGUCUGGAGAGUGUACACUUAGCACGUCUCUAUAAGGAAUUGGCAUGUGAGAUGGGUUUUGAAGAGUUCCAUUUGUAUCUGAGGCCUGUUCACUUUGAAUCUGCAUCACAUAAGGACAAGGUGGUCCAUCCACCCCCUGUCUUUAUAACUUCUCUGCUGGAAGACAGUGAUCGUGUAGACAGAUAUUCUCCUGCGACUCUUGUCUUAGCCAUCUCUGAGGUGGAUGAUAACCAAGUUGGCAGAUUUAGUUUUUAUACAAAGGAAGCCAUUCUUAAGCUCCUGUCCCAUUCAGGAGUGGAAAAUUUGCAAGUGACCCUUGCAUGCCAAGCUACUCAGAAAAAUGCUUUAAUGGUGGCUGUCCAGCAGGUGUCCUUCUAUCACACUCCCCAAGGGGACUGUCCCGCUGAUGUCAAGGAUGAAAUUGGGAAAGUCAAGAGAGAUGUCAUAGUUGAAUAUUGUCAGAAGUUCAACCACCGUAUGUCUCACUAUGCUCUUCGUGGUCAGAUCAUGGCAUACUGCAACAGCCUGAGAGCCCUGCUGAACCAUUUCCCAACCAUCAGGGAUACCUUUUUCAUGCUGGGACAACCACAAGAAAAGAAGGGGUUGAGGGACUCCAAGGAGGGCCUCAAGGCUGACCCCAGGAGUUUUCAGCCCCGGCCACGAUGUUUGCUGUCUGCUGAUGGAAAAAUCUUCCUCAAUUUAUGGUUCAUACCCCAUCCUUCUGAAGUGCUGGUUAUGUUCAAAACUCUGCCAGAAAAGGCAGCUUUUAGAGCCUUAAAGCUGACUCUACAGCUGAUAGCCUCUCUCCAUGACAUUGUGGCCUACCUUUUCAGUUUUGCCAAACUUGGAAACUGUCCAGCAUGUUUUGAAUUUCCUCUAAGUCCUAACCCUCUGAGAGGUAACUGGGGAGGAACUGGGGAGAUUGCGUCUGAGCUUCAAGAGCUGCAGAAUAUGAUUGACAGCCUCCAGAGCCCCCAAGACCCCACCCGGGUGUCCCAGGCCCUCCUCCUCCGAAGGGAGGUUAUGUUUCUGCAGUUUGAUGCUGCAGUGAGGUACCUCAUCCGAAGAACAUUUCUGGCAGCUGGGAAUGCUCCUGCCUACCAGUCUGUCACAGACGGCAUGUACCAUGGGUUGCCACCACUCAGCAACUCUCCAGUGAAGAGCAUUUUUGCUUCACAGCUCAGCCUGCCCCCACCACUGGAUCCACAGAGCCUCCAGGCAUUUGUGCUGUUCCCUUGGAGAGCAUUUCUGGAAGAUGGAGGACCAUUUCCAGUUAUGAGUAGCAGCCCAGAUACCCUAGAAUAUAAUAUGCAGCUAUGCCUCUGUAGGCUGAGUGACCGCGACCUCAAGGUGGCUCACGGAGAGCUGGUGGGCGUGCAACUGCUAAUGGAAGAUGUACUUCUGAGCAACUAUCAUGUGAUCAUGGAGGGUUCCCCAGGACAGCAAGUCACACUGGACAAAAAUAUACAGCCAGAUUUGUCUGGAGUGCCAGGAUUUAGAAGUCAGUUCCAAAGCAGCCCAAAGGCAUCCGAGCUGCUGGGGGGCCCGUGCAAUGCAGUGAUGUCCCUCGCUUUGCUGAGAUCAUUUCUGGUGCUGUGGAAGCAGCUGGAAGUGCUAAAGGAGCACUGGGGCCGACUAAAGCUGCAAAGCCAGGAUAUCAAUUCUCUCUCUUUCCACAAACAGUUCUUGGAGCUCUACGGAACGGACAUUCUCUACCCCAGCAUGAAAGCCAUAGCUAGGCGGAUGGGAAAAGAAGAUGAAUUUGAAGAACUUAUAAUAAGUAGUCAGUCUAUUCUUCCCCCCAAAGGAGCUUCAGAAAUUGAAAUAAAAACUCAGCAGCUUCAGAAACUUCUAGAAAAUCUUGAAAUUCAUAUGAUCCAGGAGGUAUUAAGAAAAGUAAACAGAGAGAGAGCACUGGUUGUGUCAGAAAAGUCCAAGGAGCAGCAUACUCUCCCUACAGACCUUUGGAAACACCAAGUCAUGAAAGAAAACUUUUCAGUUAUUAGACCACAAAUUGUGGAAAAGUUUAUACAGAGAUUACUGGAGAAUUACCAGGAUGGUGGACUAGAGAUCACUUUCAGUAAAGACCACCUCAAGGCCUGCCUCCUUUCCCUGGGCUGUGAUGUGAUGGCCAGAGAACGCAGCAACUUCGAGAGCUACUCCAUGUGUUACGAGCACUUGUUGGAGAAUGCUAGGCAGAAACUCCGCCAGAAGGAGCAAGAAUUAGGCAUCAUACGAAGAGGUCAGAGUCCACCUGAAAGCAGUGCUGGUCAGGUUGCAGAGCUCAGUCACAACAUGAUCAUGGAAAUCACUGCCCUGAGAGCCCAGCUCACAGAUUUGGAGGAGGAGAAUCUGAAUCUCAAAAAGCAGAUUAGAAAAGAAGUCCAAGAAGAAUAUGAAGCCCUGGUCCAAGCUUUGUUUGUGACGUGUUUGCACAUCAAAGAGAAACUGGAUGAGAAUCAGCUUAAUUUGAUCCAGAAAGUGUGCGAGCUCAUCGGUGAAGUAAGGGCAGAAGGGAUUGACAAUAUGAAGGACCUAAAGAAAAAAUGGGGCUCUGCCAGACCUGAGGAAGAAAUGAAAGAAAACGCAGCUGAACAGGAGCAGCUGCGAGUCCCGGAGCAGGACAACAGCAGCCUGGCCGCCCUGGUGCGCAAAGUGAGGAGCCUGGGCCACUGGAGGCUGGCAGUGCAGCAGGCGCGCUUCCGGGGCCACCUGAGGAGGGCUGAGGAGGAAGCUAUGCAAAGUAAAAAAGAGUGUUUGAGCGUCAAGCUAAUGGCAGAACAUGAAGCGACUCUGUUUCGUCAACAGCUGUUGGCUCUGCGGCAGGCCUUGGCCAGGGCUCAGGCCGACAACGCGAGGGUGUGCAGGCAGCAGGAGAACCAGGCUCAGCUGCUGAAAGAGUUAGAACACAGAGCGACCCAGGAAGCUCGCCACCGGCAGCAGCUGGAUUUAAUGAAAUCCUCCAGCAUGGAGAAGCUGCUGGAGGAUGUGGAGCAGAAAAAGCAGCACCUGCAGCUCCUUACUGAAGAGGCCGAGAGGGCCUCCAAACUGGACCAGCUCCAGCAGAAGAAAAUUCAGAGAGAACUGCGACAGAUGAGAAGCUGGCUUGUCCAGGAACGCAGUGUGAAGGUGGACGCUUUCCAGCGGGUAAAAGAGCUGCAGAGUCAGCUUAAUGAUGCUGAGCGAUUGUUGGACCAGGUGAACUCACCAGGCGGCCUUAUAUCCCAGACUCACUACUCCCUGCAUUCUGCUUCCACAUCAUCCAGAUACUCCCAGCAACACCUUUUAAAGACUGAUCUUAUGGGCAAUAAAAUAAGGACUCAAAGGCCAAAGACUGUACCUGCACCUGUUAAACACAAAAAAAGAAAUGACCGUGUCUUCCUACCCAAUGUGGCAAAAAAUGUCCAACUUUCAGCUUUUCAAGUCAAAACAGAUCCAUCCAGAAUCCCAUUCAGGACUGAUUGGUAACAUAUAUCCUUUUUCCAAGUUUUAUUUCUAUGAGCAUUUGAAUGAAUAAAAAUGAUUCUA